UUGUUUUUUAGCCGUUUCCUAGGGGAGGACCCGUGUUUCACCUUAAGUUUUGAGAGAAGAAUUUCCUUAGCACCCAACAAUGGCGGAUGUUUCUAUUGACAGUUUAAUCCUGAAGCUGCACGAUGUGAACGCAGUAAAGUUCGGAGAAUACAAGCUAAAAAGCGGCCUGCUGACACCGAUUUAUAUCGACCUGAGGGUUCUGGUUUCCCAUCCUGCUCUGAUGAACCAGGUUUCGAGCGCCAUCUACCAACGAGCGCAGGAAGAGAACCUUCAGUUUAACUCGGUGUGUGGGGUUCCGUACACGGCCCUGCCUCUGGCCACAAUUAUCUGCUCAAGAAAUGAACUGCCCAUGCUCAUCAGGCGGAAAGAGGCCAAGGACUAUGGAACUAAGAAGAUGGUGGAGGGGUCAUUUUGUAAGGGAGAUACGUGUUUAAUCAUUGAGGACACAGUGACCAGUGGCAGCAGCAUCCUGGAGACGGCAGACGUUCUCCAUAAAGAGGGGCUGAAGGUGACAGAUGCCAUUGUGUUGAUGGACAGAGAGCAAGGCGGGGUGGAGAUGUUAGCAUCUCGGGGAAUUCGGCUCCUGCCCAUCAUCUCCAUGUUUAAGCUGCUUGAUGUGCUGCUUGCAGCUGAACGCAUCGACGCCCCAACAGCCCAGAGUGUCCGCAAGUUCAUCCUGGACAACAACACUUUCAGGCCUAAGAAGACAAACGGCAGUGAUUCUCCAGCUCCCAAGAAGCCAUGUGUGGAACCAAAGCGAACUUUGAGCUAUGCAGACAGAGCAGAGCUGCCAAAAAUGCACCCCUUGGCAUCUAAACUGCUCAAGAUCAUGGAGGAGAAGGAGUCCAAUCUUUGCGUCUCCGCAGACAUGACGAGCAACAAGGAGCUGCUCCAGCUGGCCGAGUCUCUCGGUUCAAAGAUCUGCAUGUUGAAGACUCACUGUGACAUCCUGAAGGAUUUCUCAGAAGAGUUCAGCCAGAAACUCCAAGCUGUGGCUGAACGACACAACUUUCUCAUCUUUGAAGACCGCAAGUUUGCUGACAUUGGAAAUACAGUCAAGCAUCAGUAUGAAGGCGGUGUGUUCCGGAUCUCGUCUUGGUCCCACAUCGUCAACGCCCACGCUGUGCCGGGGCCCGGGGUCGUGAAGGGCUUGCGCGCUGUGGGGAAGCCUUUGGGCCGAGGCUGUUUGCUCAUUGCACAGAUGAGCUCCCAAGGCUCUCUGGCUACUGGUGAAUACACACAAGCUGUGGUGAAGAUGGCAGAGGAAAACCCAGACUUUGUAAUUGGGUUCAUUUGUGGCUCCAAGAUGACUGAAAAACCAGAAUUUCUCCACAUGACUCCUGGUGUGCAGAUAAAGGCUGGAGUGUUUUCUUGUCACCCAGGGGAUUUGAUGGGCCAACAGUACACAACCCCAGAGGACGUGAUCUACAACAAAGGCUCAGACGUCAUCAUUGUGGGACGAGGCAUUUUGGAGGCAUCUGAUAGGCUCGAGGCUGCCGAGUCGUAUAGAAAGUCGGGCUGGGAUGCCUACAAGAGGAGAUUGGGUCAGAGUGACCAGUAAGAUCUCAGGAGCUUCAUCAUUGUGUUGAACUACAACUGUCUGUAUAGGUGGGCAGCAGGGGACAUUUCAACCAACACGUACUGCUAACACAUGGUUACAUCUCAUAUUUUGUAUGAAACAUGCUUAUCUAAAGAAAGUGUUGAUUUUUUUUAAUCAAAGUGAUUUCAUAUAAGUGGUGUGAAGUAUCACCCUUCAAUUUUCAGUUUUGUGAAAAAUCCUGAAGGCUUUGCUUCUAAAGCAAGAAUGCAAAAGUGUAGAGAUCACAGAUCAGGCUUUUCCUGGCCAAUAUCGAUUUUCAUUUUUAAUGUGCUGUAACCUUACAGGGUUAUUAUUGUCCUAUGGGCUUUUCUUGAUAAAAUGUUAUUUUUACAGUACUAGUGUUAGAUAUUUGUAUUUCAUUGAAACAAGAUUUGAUACAUACAGGAAAUGUAUGCAAUUUGCUUUAUGUGCUUUCCAAAACUAGGAAACUAUUGAAAACAAACUGUAUUACAAAAUAAAUAAAUGUUGAUUUCCACAAAUAACCACAGUAGCUUUUGACAGUCUGUUCUUUUUUUAAAUUAUCUUAAAACCUAGAAAGACAAAUUUCUGUCUCUCUAGCUUUUUGUACUUUAAACUAGCCUGUACUUCAAACUACAUUUUUUUUAAGGCCAUGAUUACAAGAAUAUGUAGCCACAAUUGGUAUGUGUAGUCUGUAGUUUGUUGUCCUAUUCAAAAGUUUUAAGUAGUAAUUUAAUUGUAAUUAGAUGCAUUUCCUGAUUUUAGUUAUGUACAUUGAUUAUUUAGGUUAGAAGGUUUAAACCCUGUGAAAAAUGUUUUUUAUGUCGUUUUAAAUGUAAUGUGCGAAAAAGGUUGUCGAUGUUAAAAUAUUGUGAUUUCUGCGUGCUUUAGUUUGCUUUAGAUCAGCAAAAUCUAAAUUGAGUUGGAAGACAAAUAUAUGAAAAGUUAAAAAACUUUCUAAACUGUAGAUUUUAUUUGUACAUUUUAAAUGACUGAUUUGCUGCAGAUUAUAAGUAGAUUCAGUCUUUCAUAGCAUCUUAACAUCUUUUCUUUUGCAUUUCACAUUUGUAUAUAAUAAGCCUUGUGGAAAUACUUAUGCAUUUUAGAGUACUAAAUCAUGUUCAGAUAUUGAUGUUUAUCUACUUUUUCAUGUCUGCAAUCAAAAAUGGAUUAAUUGCAGUUAACUACUACCCUUUUUUUUUACUCUUCUGCUAAUCUAAUGUGCUCUUUUAGAAGAGAGAUGGGAAAUUGAAAGAUUGUUAGGAAUUACUGAAUGGAAAAGGGGUAUGAUUAUAUAAGUUAAAUUUCAUCAUACUCCUUUUCAGACUCAGUCACCAAACAAAUGGUGUAUUUACAUGUAUAUUUGGUAGCAAGGCAUUGUAUUUACACUUAGAAAUAUAAAAGUCUUUGUUAAUAUGUUUUGUUGGUGAAAUGUCUGAAUUAAAAAAUUAUCAUCAUCAACAUAAGAAUAUAUGCAUAUAUGUAUUUAUUCUCAUGAUGUUGUCCUCAUAUAGUUUUUUCCCCCCAAUAUCUGUUCCUGUAAUUUAAACUGCAAAUUACCCAUUAGUAGAAAAUCUAAUUUUAAAAAUACCCUGGGGGUAUGUUUGCUCUAAUUCAAUGCAUUUUUCUUACUAUGUACAACCCAUUAACCCGUACUUUAGAGGAGUGACCUGCCAAUUUGCAGCAGACAUGCAGAUCUCUUAUUGACUAGCAGUCUGGUAUGUGUGCUGUGUGAUCUGUUGUGGAAGAAUUAUCUGUAGCCAAUCGUACAUUUUGACAUCAGUGAUAUGGCCCCCUGCUCUGGGUCCCCUUCUGUCUUGGGGUGUAAAAAAGAGAAGAUUUUUAAGUUGCAUCUUGACUGAGUAGACUGGUAAAAACCAUCACCUUGUUCAGUGCUUUCUCUCACAGAGUCUGGACCCUUGUCUAUUGAGAGCGAUUGCUUGCUGGAGAUGUAGAUUCUAUUGAAGUUUUAAGCUGAUUUUACCCAAAUGCUGUUGUAGGCCGUGAUGGAUGUAAUGCGCCAGCUUGAUGAAACUGUGACUAUAAACAUGCCCUUGUGGAUAAGGCCAACAAGAUCUUUGCAUGCAAUA